UUCAAUUCUUUGCUCUUAGUCCCACAAACAGAAGCAACAGAGCACUUCCCAGCAGUACACAUUAAAGACUUCAGCAUGUGGGUCAUCGCCGUCCUCUCUGUGGCCUGUCUGCUGGUCAGUCCAUCCCUUGCUGGGAUCAAAGAGCUCAGCUCUCACUUCGCUGACCCUGAACAGGUCCCCAGAGGCUUAGAGCCUGGGGGGGCAGUGGAUAUUGAGGACAUCCCCUUGGAGUUCCACAAAGAAAACACUGUCACUAAUGACCUAGUUUUUGAUGGUUUUGAGGAUGAAGAUUAUAUUGAUUUUGAUAAGAUCCUGGCAGGGGGUGGUGACGACUAUACUGAAGGGGAUGAGAUAGAUGAGAUCGCCACCCCGGCCCCAGACAUCGACAUCUUUGCCGAACCCUCCGACCCAAAGGUCCGCCGGGCCAGACUACUGCGGCUGUUCCACACUCGCUCUCGCCUCCAACGCCUCAACGUUGUUAACGCCCAUUUCGGUUUCAACCUAUAUAGAAGUCUUCGUAAUGACGUCAACCAGAGUGACAACAUCCUGCUGGCCCCUGUUGGGAUCUCUGUUGCCAUGGGGAUGAUGUCUUUAGGAGCAGGACCAGGAACCCAGGAUCAGAUUUACAAAGCUCUGGGAUUCGCAGAAUUUGUCAAUGCUAGCCAUCACUAUGACAACACAACAGUGCACAAGCUCUUCAGGAAGCUGACGCACAGGCUCUUCAGGAGGAAUUUUGGCUACACGCUGCGCUCUGUGAACGAUGUGUACGUAAAGAAGGAUGUUGUGGUGAAAGAUAGUUUCCGCACAGAGACAAAGGCUUAUUAUUUUGCAGAGCCGCAGUCAGUGGAUUUCAGGGACCCGGCCUUCCUGAAGAAGGCCAAUUAUCGCAUCCAAAAGCUGACAAAAGGGCUGAUCAAGGAAGGGCUCAAGAGUGUGGACCCCAACAUGGUGCUGAUGCUGCUCAACUACCUGUACUUCAAAGGUACAUGGGAACAGAAAUUCCCCAAAGAAAUGACUCACUAUCGCAACUUCCGAGUUAACGAAAAGACAAAUGUCCGCGUGCCAAUGAUGACCAACAAGGGGAACUAUCUUGCUGCUGCCGACCAUGAACUAGAGUGUGACAUCCUACAGCUCCAGUACACAGGAGAAAUCAGCAUGCUCAUUGCCUUGCCUAGGAAGAUCACUGGCAUGAGGACUUUAGAGCAGGAUAUCUCUCCCACGGUUGUCGACAAGUGGAUCAAAAACAUGACAAACAGGACUCGAGAGGUGGUGUUACCUCGUUUUAAACUGGAGCAGAAUUAUGACUUGAUUCCCAAUUUGAAGGAGAUGGGCCUCACUGACUUGUUCCAGGAGAGUGGAGAUUUCUCUGGAAUGACCUCUGAAAAUAUUUCCAUGAAUUGGCUGAAGCACCAGGGAACCAUCACUGUGAAUGAAGAGGGGACUGAGGCUGCUGCUCUGACCCAGGUGGGCUUUAUGCCCCUCUCCUCUCAGAUCCGCUUUAUUGUGGACCGUCCCUUCCUCUUCCUGAUUUACGAACAUCGCACAGACUGCCUUGUGUUCAUGGGUCGGGUCGUCAACCCUUCACAAAACUAAACUUGACUCAAAAGUAUAAUAUAUAAAUGGCUAAAAAAUACCAGACAAAGUCAAUGUUUGGUCAGAACACCCAUCCUAAACACUUUAAUACAAAACAACCCUAUAAUAUCUGGGGUGUUGUUUUUUUUAAAUAAUUGCUACUAUUAGUUUAAUAUGUACAUCAAGUAAUGAGUCUUUCACUUUACGGUUCAAAUUCUAAGUGUUGUCUAAUUCAGUGACUCAACAGUUGUUUGAUUUAUGUCUGUUAAUGUUUUAUCUUGUGCAAUGAGGCAAGUGGAGAAAUGUGCUAAAAAGAAAGGACAUUAUAUGACUGUCAUAACCCUAAUGCUGUACUGUAAUAAUUGCAGAAAGACAAUAUAAAUAUAAAUAACACAUUAAAAAAGGGAGAAUAAACUAAUAUAUACAUUUACUAGAACUAUCAAAUAUGUCUAUGAAAAUAAGAAAGCGUUAACAAAAAAAGAUUAUGUGAUUAUUAAGACUUAAUACAAUAGCAAUUUCUUAUAACUUACAUUAUUUAAUGAUAGGUUAACACUAAGAAAGCAUAGUUCAGCUACAUCCGGCAGUGAACUCGUGACACAGAUAUUUGUACAGGAGCUUCCAGGGUAAAUAUUUGUUGAUAGAGGUAAAAGUUAACUAAACAAUCGGAUUCAUCUGAAGCUGUAGAUGAUUUAACUGUGCUCUGGGCGGGUAUUGCAUCACAAAUUCUUGUUUUGAAUGAAUAGAAAUUGUCUCCAAAGGUGCAGCAGUUUGUAUAGAAAUCACAUACUCACCACAGCAAUCACUGGUAUGAGGACUCCCAGAUUUCCAGCACUACUUGAUGCCUAAGGGAGACAAAUAAGCAUUAGCAAUCUACUAACAUUGCUGCUAUCCACUUCCUGUUGUGUUUAGAUGUUAGAUGCAUUUAGGCGCUUACUUUCAGCGCUGGCCCCUUGUCUGAGGCUCUCUCACUGGCUCUCUUUCCUUCCAGGCCGAGUUGAACAAACAGCUCUAAAAGGUUCACCAUCAGCUCAUCCACGAGCUGCUCCCCCUGCAGGUUGGCUGCGAUGUUGGCCAGAGCAUUUAUCACUGCCAGAGAACAGUGCCUUGGGGGCAGGACAGGAUAGAUGGAGGGGACAGUUUAACAAAGUAAACGUUGACACAAAUGUGAACAAAACGUUAUUGUUGAUAUUUCCAUAUCAACAAUAACUCUAUCGAUUAUAGCAGAACACACGAUGUAACAGAAAUGUAGGAGAAUAUGUUCUUAGAAAUCUUCAAAUAUUAAGUAGCAGUGAAAAAGAUUAACAAAUAUGAACUAGAUGUCCUGCUUCUGCAGCUGGGUUAGCUGAUAGAUCUGUGAACAGGGUAAAAGCAGAUGCUGACCUGUAGCCGUGGUCUCUGUAGUCUUUGGUAGCGGAGUAUACCACUGAGCUGGCCUUCACACUGAUCUGCUGGAACAGGUUCCACCCCUCCUGGUACAUGUAUUGCUACAGGACAGACAAACAGACAGAAGAGUAAAACUGUGCAGCCGAGUUGUAAAUAAAAAAAUAUGUGUUUGUUAGCAAAUCACGUUACUUUUAACAUGUUGAUUCCUUUUUUUAAAUCCUAAAUUUGAAGGAUGCUCCAAUACCAAAACUGACUCAAAUAGCUGGAUUGGUAUUGGUGACAAUGGGGCUGAUUUAAAGCUAUGUUCUUUUUUUUUUUUAAGUAAAUGAUAUACUGGAAUUUGAAUUUCUUUCUUUGAAGAUUUUUACCCAGUUGCUGGUGUACAAUUUAACAUUUGAAAAAUAAAUACAAAUUUAAGAAAUGUA